UGGGAAUGGGAAGGGUUAAGGUCUGUUCCAUAAACUCCCACUUAAGGAUCUCCUCUGGCAGCCUGUGGUGGGGCUUAAAAUCCUGAUUUGACAGAUCACAUUUUACACACAGGCACUGAGAAAACAGCCAAGCGCUUUGCUCUUUCACAACAGAACACGUCCUUGAGUCUUGAGAUACAAUGGGGACGAGGUUGAUGAUGUUUAUUUCGGCGGUCGUAUUAGCAUCGUGGGUGCUUUCAGCAUAUGGUGCACACUAUCACAAUCACGUUGACCGCAAACAAUGGGAAGUAGCACGUAAUGAUGAAAUCAAUGGAGGGGCAAGGAGAAAUAAGAGAGCAACAGAUGACGAGGACUCCUCCCCAGUAUCACCUGUUGGGGACCCAUCAGACCUUCCGACUUGCCUGCUGUGUGUGUGUCUAAUUGGAUCGGUCUACUGCGAGGAGGUCGACCCGGAUAUGACAUCAGUGCCGGCUCUGCCCAAAGAGACAAACUAUCUCUACGCCCGGUACAACAAGAUAAAAAAGAUCACAGCCAAAGAUUUUGGAGAUAUCGUGACUUUGAAGAGAAUCGACUUCACUGGAAACCUCAUUUCUGAGAUUGAGGACGGCGCCUUCGCUAAGCUCACCAUGCUAGAAGAGCUCUCGCUAGCUGAAAACGCUCUGGUCAAGCUACCGAUGCUCCCUGGGAAAUUAAUCUCAUUCAAUGCCAAUCACAACAAACUGAAGACCAAAGGCGUCAAGGCGAACGCGUUCAAGAAAUUAAACAAACUGAUCAAUCUUUAUCUUGCUCACAAUGAACUGGAGGCUGUUCCUGCCAUCCCGGAGAGCGUCCGCACGCUUCAUCUUCAGAACAACAACAUUUCAACAGUGACUAUGGACACCUUCUGCAAAAGUAACAACACCUACUACAUUCGAACCAACGUGAACGAGAUUCGCAUGGACGGAAACCCCAUCGUCCUCGCCCAAUACCCCAACAGUUUCACAUGCCUGCCGUCUCUGCCGAUCGGGCGAUACCAAUGAAAACAAAACCAAAGGUGAAACGCAAGACGUCCUUGGAUAUCUAAAGAAACUGACUUGAACCAUGACGGAAAAGUCAUUCAGUCUCCUGGUGCCUGUGAAAAAUUGAGUGUACGGCAGGGUUACGCCAUGAGAUUUCGUACUAUACGUAUCACUUUAUGUAACAGCCCGAAACGUUUUUUUCAAGUCAUUUGAUCUUCUCUCGAAUAUCUUCAUACGCAUUGUAAAUAAACCCUGGAGGCUGCUGCUUAGUAAAAUGUGACUUCAUAACAAAUUGCAGUCAAGCUUCUAAUAUUCCUCAGAACUCUGUGAAUUUCAGACACGUGUACGGUUUAAAAUGUCUUUCUUUGGCUGAAAUAAGAAGCCUGUUAAGUUAAUCCGAGGGUGAGGAAGCUAUUUUAAGUUUGGUACUGCAAGGAUCCACAGCUGGUCUUUCCUGACUUCCCUUCUCUGAACUGUCUGAAUAGUAUUUAUGUACUUUUUGUAAUUACUACUUGUGUGUGAAUCAAACCUGAAUAGACUGUACAGUAAAACAUUGUAUGAAAUCAACACGCUAUGUUCACUGCAGGUGUUCAAAUACACGU